UCAAAUAAACAGAGUAGUCAUAUAGGAAGCGUUGCAGCAACAAUGGCAGGGAAUAAGAGAGUUAUCAGGCUUAAUUCUGGUCCUCCUUUGGAAGUGAACAACUUCACAGAGAAAGUAGCUGACAACAAAACAGGUAUUUUCUCUGUGAAAAGGACCAUCACAUACACAGUGGGUUCAGGAGGUUGUUUCACUCUGGAAAAGAAGAAGGAUGACAAUGAAAUAGUUGAAAAGGUGAAGGCCACAUACGCCGUUUUAAUUGAUGAUGAUAUAAGUUACAAUGUUAAAGUAAAAAUAACAACGGACAUAAGAGUUGGUUUAAAUGUUGAAGUGGAGGACCCUGUGAAGCUUACAAUGGAUUACACGAAACAACUCAUUUCGAGAAUGAGGGGCAAGAUGGAAUACCACAUGGAGGCUAAUAUUCGCUCCCUUUUUUCAAACGCCAUCGAUGGCGGAGGCGACAGAAAAACGUAUCUUGCAAAAUAUGAGUAUCCGAAUGAUGUAGAUUAAAAACACACACAGAGAGAGAGAGAGAGAGAGAGAGAGAGAGAGAGAGAGAGAGAGAGAGAGAGGGAGAGGAUUCAAUAAAAAGUGGGCCUAAGUCGCUUAAGCAUUUGAUUGUAAGGUUUUAUAGAGAGAGUUCAACGUCUCAUAAUAAAAUAUUUCAUUUGCUUUUUUCUUCUCCUUUUGUAAACUAAUUGAGAUACUUUAAGCACUAUUUUUAGAGGAGGGAAAUUCUUAC